AUGGCCGGCCCAAUUCGUCAUCCAAUCCCACUCGACUCGCUAACAGACUACAUUCGCCAAAACGUCCCGGUUAUCAGCCUCCCGCUCACCAUCCAGCAAUUUGGCUACGGCCAGUCGAACCCAACAUACCUCCUCACUUCCUCAAACACGGGAGCGAAAUACGUCCUGCGCAAGAAACCCCCAGGGAAACUACUUAGCAAGACAGCACACCAAGUAGAGCGUGAGUACAAGGUCCUCAAAGCUCUGUCCGAAGCAGCGCAAGAUCUUCCAGUGCCGAAGGUGUACUGUCUAUGUGAAGAUGCGGAUGUCGCCGGGAGCGCGUUUUAUAUCAUGGAGUUUUUGGACGGACGGAUAUUUGAAGAUCCGGCAUUGCCAAGGGUAACACCGGAGGAGAGGGCCGUUAUGUGGAAGUCGGCUAUCGUGACGCUGGCUCGGUUGCAUAAAAUACGGCCGGAGGAGCAUGCAGCCUUGAAGAGCUUUGGGAAGCCGAGCGGUUUUUAUGGGAGGCAGGUUCGAACGUUGUCCACUAUUGAGGCGGCGCAGGCUUUGGUGAAGGAUGUACAGACCGGGGUGGAGAUUGGGAAGAUUGCAAAUUUCGACGAGGCGAUGAAGUUUUUCUCUACUACACAACCGAAGGAUCGAUCAACCGUGGUUCAUGGUGACUAUAAGAUUGAUAACCUGGUGUUCCACAAGACUGAGCCGAGAGUCAUUGGUAUCUUGGAUUGGGAGUUGUCUACUAUUGGUCAUCCUCUCAGUGAUGUUUCGAACCUAUUAUCACCAUAUCAGCUCGCCCUUGAAGCUGGCGCAUCUGUGAUGUUUGGUGAAACAAAAGGUCUCAUUCCCGGUGCAACUCCCGGGCUUCCAUCCCGCCAGCAGGUUAUCGAGUGGUAUACCCAGGCUUCUGGGUGGAAUAUAUUACCUAGUGAAAUGUAUUGGGGGGAUGCGUUUGGCUUUUGCAGGAACGCGGUGAUUGUUCAAGGUAUUACGGCCAGGGCUGCUAGACGUCAGGCUAGCAGUGCAAAGGCGGGAACGUAUUCUGAGCGAACACCGAAGUUGGUGGCUCUUGCUUGGAAGUAUGUUUCUAUUGACUUAUUACAUCUACGGUCUUUGGGCUGCUAA